AGAUAUCUUCAUCCGUUCCGUUGAACUCGACACUCCUCAAUCCACCAUGAGCCAAAUGCGCGCAGUAGCUAUCACUGCCUACGGCGGCGUCGACAAGCUCAAGGCCGUACAUCUUACCAAGCCUUCUGAUCCGACCGGCUACGACCUUCUCGUCAAAGUCAAAGCUUGCUCCACCAAUCCUGUCGACACCAAAGUUCGUGCCGGCACAUACGACGACUAUCAACGUGACGGCAAUUCACGCGAUUAUUACAACCACACCCCGAAAUUACCCCAAGUGAUUGGCUUCGAUGGUGCCGGCGUGGUGAAAGCUGCCGGGCCUGAGGCCCAGGGAAUCGGCUUCAAACUCGGUGAUGCCGUGUACUACUCUGGCUCGCCAAUUCGGCACGGCUCGAAUGCACAGUAUCAACUCGUGGAUGCUAGAGCUGCAGCACGCAAGCCCGAAAAACUGGAUUUUGUCGAGGCGGCAGCAUUGCCACUAACGUGGAUUACAGCAUACGAGGCCUUGGUGGAGAGACUGGAGAUCAAAGAGGAUGAAAAUGCAGGAGUAUUAAUAGUGAACGGCGCUGGAGGUGUGGGGUCUGUGGCUUCGCAAAUUGCCCGGCACAUUUUGCGCCUGCCCGUUGUUAUCACAACAACUUCACGCGAGGAGACCACAGCAUUCAGCAAGGAGAUGGGUGCCACGCAUACGGUCAACCAUCACGGUGAUCUUCCACAACAGAUUCGUGACCUCAACCUUUCCACGCCGAUUAAGUAUGUCUUUAUUACUCACCGUACUGAACAAUACAUUGCCCCAGCGGCCGCAGUAUGUGCUCCCUUUGGAAAGGUAUGCAGUAUCGUACAGACGCAAGAGUUACCAAUGUAUGGAACCGAGUGGAUGACAAAAGGCUUGACUUUUGUCUGGGAGUUGCUGGGUACGAAACCAUGGUACGGCGUGGAGGUUGAUAGCCAUGGAAGGAUCUUGAAGCAACUGCAGGAGUUGGUUGACAGAGGUGUUGCAAAGACUCACCUGAGGCAGCGUCUGCCAUUGAACGAAGAAGGCGUGCGCAAAGCACACGAGCUGCUUGAGAGUGGUAAAGUAAUAGGGAAAGUUGGGUUAGGCGUUGAUGAAGGAGGAUUGCUUGAAGAAGAGACAUUUGCUUGAUUGUUUGGGCGCCAGUUGAUUACAUCAGAGAAACCUACAUGACAGUCGUUUUAGGACCG